AUGUCGAACACACAAACUUUAUUAUCUUCUACCAGGAAGGAGCUGCUGAUCCAACGAGAAAGGGUGAAGACAGCGGCUGGCGAGGUUCGUCAGAAACGGGUUAACGCUGGUAGUGCCGAAGCCAGAUUCAUGAACCAUGUACGGGAAUUCGUCAACAAUCAACGCGAACAGCUCCCGUCUACUCUCCUCGAAGCAUAUGAUAAGGUUAGAGAAGCACGCGAUGGUCUUGGGGAAGCAGAGGCGGACUAUCUACAGGACGAGGAGGAUCUUACUGGUGCAGAAUGGAUGUUUAUGAACCAUGAGAAUCGAUUUUACCAAUUCGAUAUCAACAGGGUCCUGUCGAGUCCACAGCUCAACAACCCUGCUUUUCCUCAAGGACAAACAUCCGAAACUGUGUCAAAACGGCCAAUUCAUGAUCUACCACCUUGCCCGGUGGGAUCAUUGUCUCCAAGUCAAGUGUCGAAACUACCGCCUCCCCCACCUCCUCCACAUGUUUGGACGUCGUCUUUGCCUCUUAUGCCUCAUGUCAGCAUGAGCGCAUCUUUGCUGGCGCUAAUAGGCCGAAAACAUCCAGCCAUCGAAGAGUUAAAGACCUUAAGAAGGGAGUUCGGUAAGCUGCCACAAAGGGAAAGUUACGAUUUCGAAUGGGCUGGUGAAAAUGAAGCGUUUCUUGCUGAAGAAGACAAAAUUCGUGAAGAUCAAGUAACGGCCUCUACGAGCGACAACAGAAAUGUCUUACUUGGCAUCUUCAACCCAGAAACGAAAGCACAGGAAACCAAAAUGGAAGAGCUGGUUUUAGCGUUGAAUGAGUCAAUCCCGACCAGGCGAUAUUCGGAUUCCACGCACCUCUUCAGCUCUGAAUCGAGUCUCUCGGCCCCUAUGAGGAGAACACAGACCGAGAAGGCAACUCCGUUCAAUCGUUGUAGUCCUGCUGUAGGAAACAAGAUACGAGAAUGGUCUCUGACGCACCUCAAGCAAAGUGCCGUUCAAAAACGCCUGUAUUUGAAUGCGCUCGAAGACAACGGGAUAGACAGCUCAGCUGAAGUUGAUUGGAGAGUUCGAGCGACGCGCUUCUGGAGUAAAGACAGUCUCAGUGAGAUCAGAGACAGCAGCGAGCUGUAUUCAGCUUCCCUAAGUAAAGUUUCAUACGAGCCUGGGUCUUGCGACGCCAGCUCCACACAGAGCAUAACGUCUUCUCUCCUGAUGCAACAUCAACUGGAAGGUAACAUACAACCUCCGAAAUUGGCGACCGUGGACUCGAGACCUCCGGAGUCUCAUGGAAUACCACGACAAGAUUGUGAAGAUACUCCAACUAUAGCGCCUCUGUCACCUACACUACCACCAAGCGAUCACAUCACGAAACGAAUGAAGGCUAGAGAUGAAGAUCAAAUAAUGAGUUCAAUCAAGAACGGCUUGAAUGAGCGACAGCACGUACUCAGGGGCGGUGUCUUAUCGGAUAUGGGCAUACAUCAGCCAAAAUGUACUUGUCUUACCAUUGGAGAUAUGUCACCACGGAAAGAUAGUGUCCAAAGUACCCAUCAAACUGGCUGCGAUAUGGCAACCGAGCAUAAUGGUCAAAACAAGACAUCUUUCUCUGCACAAGAGCACGACGACGCUGCAUCGAUGACGGAAGUCAUGAUGAUGGACAGGCACUUUGACCGGACGCAUCAAAGCAGAUCAGUCGACCUACACCCAUCGCUUCCCCCCAGUUCUCACUACGGCAAGAUUGUUUGUAACAAACCAAACCUCGACAUCACUGCGCACUCCGAUUCACCAAGUCCUUGCGCACCACUCACACCGCUGCCCGCUACAGCCAUCAAAGGUGCUCUGAACCCGACAGCAGAUCAAAUUACGCCUAAUCUUCGGCCCACCUCUCAAGCCCGUAGAAAUACGAUGACUUGGUUCCGGAGUCUGUUUUCCUACUCUAAGAACAAGCGGAGUAAGAGCUCUCCUUCUAUCGGGGAAUACCAUCCAACCACACAUGUGUGA